AUGUCUAAAGGACAGUCCUCUGAAGGGGAACACUUCAUUGAUGACAGCUACAGUUCCGAGGAAACAUCACAACAAACAAAACUCGCUACAACAAACCCCGCAGCAGAAAAACCCUCAAAACAAACAACCAAAAACGAUAAGUCUACCGACAGCAAAUCCGCUUCUCAUUCUGGAAGUGACUCUAAAAGCGACUCACAUUCAUCAAGUGGGUCUGAUAAAUCCAAAGGCACCACGUCGACCGGAUCGACAGACGACGAUUACUCGGAUGACGACGAUUCAUCAGAGAAUUACCCAGAGAUGCUUUUGAACAUGAAAAAGCAACUUGAAGAAUAUAAACAGGCAGUUGACGAAGAUAGGCAGAGAGACAAACAAAGGAUUUGCAGAUUGGAGAGCGAUUUAGAAGAUGAGCGCGAUUCGAACGAAUCACUCAAAGGGAAAAUCACCGAAUGUGUUGGAACGAUCAAACAGUUAAUCGGCGAAUUAAAGAAGUUGAAAGACGAAAAGGAGGACCUCAUCAAGAAGAUUGACGAAGAGACUCAAAACCACAUCAUGACCAUCAAGGAACUGCAGACAUUAAAAGAGUCGAUGAACCCCGACCAAUCUGUUGUCUGUGGGACGAAAGAACUUGAGUUAAUGGUCCGCAUUACAAUGGAGAAUGGGAAGAUAGAGAAGGUCGACGCCGUGAGGAAUAAAGACAAUGACAGAGAAGACUUGUUACUCCAAAAGAGUAUAUUGGAGAAGAAGAUUAUGGAGAACAAUCAGAACUACACGUUACAGAAAGAGAAGAUUGUGCAUGAAAAGAAUGAAAUUGAGAACAAAUUGAGUGCGAUCAACUCAACUGUUGAAAAUUUGAAGAGUGAAAACGACAAGAUGAAGGAGAAAGUGAGUUUACUUGAGACAGAAAAGAAACAGAACACGAUGAUUAUGACUGGAAAUUACCAAGAUCAGAUGAUGGAGGGAGCACUGAGAAUUGUGACUAAGUUAUCUGCCGAAGGGCAUUUCAAGGAAAUUGAAAGACUCUCGGUUCAGGACGUCAAGCGGUACGUUUCUGAGAACUGUUACUUCCCGAGAAUGUUCAUGAAAAUAGAGGACGACUGUGUCAGAAUGCUUAACUCGGCGUACAGAAAGUGGUCAAAUAACAACAAAAGUGUGUUGGAAGGCAACGAGAAAAUACCACUCGUCACAUUUAUUAUGCAUUAUACGCAAGCAGACAUGUUUGGCGAUUACUUGAAGAAAAAGAACGAUAAGACUCUUGAAUACUUCAUGUUACUCGAGGAGAUUUGCAACUUCACCAAACAAUUUUCGUUGGAUCCAAAUGUGAAGAAGAUGUAUGGAGAACACAAGGUACCAAAGAACAUCAGCUUUAUUUCAGAGUCGAAAAAAGACGACAACGACGAUAAUAAUAACGACACUAAAUUACAGAGACCACUCAGCGCGUCCGUGUCGAGUGGUGUGGCACGAAGAAUGUCCAUGUGCACACCAAAAGAAUCAAAAGUGCUUGUUCCCCAACUCUCAAAGCCAAAGGUAAUUGAAACGGCAGUAAAGAGAACGUCCUUACAAAACAAAGAAAGAAGGAAAAAAUCAGACACAUUAACUGGAUUGUUCAAAUCUGGUUCAAUUGGAUCCAGCGACUCAAAUACACCACAGGAAGGAAGCUCUCCGGUCCAAGAUAAACUUAUCACAGAGAAGUCGCCAACGUUUUUGAAUCAGACAAUUCCAGUGUCUCCGACAUUUGAAAAGAAACUGGAGAAGCGCAAAUUGAGAAAGACAAAUCGAGGGAGUAUUGAACCGUUGUCGUUGGAUGAUUUGGCAACACAAAUUGAGUUACACGAAAAAGUUGAGAAGAGCAAAAACGACACACUCAAAAUGCCAGGAGAGGUGAAGAGCAUUGUGCAGUACCAAGAUAAACUCUUUUUGUCGAUGAACUGUUACAACGACAAAAACGUUGGAUGGGUGAGAUGUGUCGAAGCCGCAAACCCAACAAACAUUAUUUCCACAUUCUCCUGCGAACAUGAAAUUUUGAAGAUGCGACGAUUUGACAAAAAAUUGUUUGUGGGGACGAAGGACGGGAAAGUGAUGAUAUUUGAUGUUGAUAAAUUUACACAAAUUCCGUUUGAAGAUGCUUUACACCCGGGGAUUGUUGACUUCUUCUGUUACAAGGAAGUUGUCUACUUGGUUUUGAUUUCAAGCGAAUUUGUGAGGUACACUUUUAAAGACAACAAAAUCAUUGUCAAGGUGUUGAAGCACAAAGGUGUUCCGGUCGCUGCAAAGCAGAUUUUAGUUAAAGACGAUUUGUUAUACAUCGCUACAAAUUCGGGAAUUUCCAAGUUUGAUUUGAAAUCGAAAGUUGUAUUGAAAAAGGAGGAGCAAAUACAACUGAAAACGACGCAAAUGCUGGUGAUCGACAACAACUUGUGGACUUACUACCCAGACGUCAGUAAAUUGAAUGUAUACAACGAGAAGCUACAGCUGCUCCACGAGUUCAGUUUUGAUGAGGUGGUAUUCAUUGUCGAGUGUGGGACAAAUGUAUGGGUUGGUGAGACGAACGGCAAGCUGACAGUUGUUGACGAGAAUAAUUAUGACGUAAUUCAAAGUUUCGACCUUUCAAACGGAAAGGGUGUGAGGUUGAUCACGGGCAGUUUGACACGUGUUGGCAAAGAUGAGAAAACUGCAAAGUUUUUGUUCUUAGCGUCGACCGACGAUUUGAAUUUGCACAAAUUAGAGACGUCUUACAAAGCACAUGAAUUCAUUCCGAGUAUUGAAGAGGGAGCAAAGUGUCCAAUUUGUAAGAAGACGGUCAAACAAAAAGACUCCAUCCAAUGCAUCAAAUGUAAAUUGGUGAUGCACAAGAUGUGCGAUCCAUACAACACCGCCGAGAUGUAUGUCUGCAAUGGUAAAGGCCCUAAUACCCCAAGAAUGCUCCAACUCAAAGACAAAAAAGACACCGACAAGAUCCUAACUGUUCCACCCGUACGAAAACCGUUGGGGAGAAUCAACAGAGCGCAAACGAUGAAACUUGGAAAGGGGGUGACGUUCCCUGACGAGUGGAAGAAUCCACCAAAAGACGCGGGCAAAUAG